AUGCUCAAUUUAAGCUUCUUGAAACAAGGCAUCCGCUUGCCGUUCGGCGGGGGGGGAAACGGCCAAACAGCUCCGACGGCAACGAGGAGCAGCUCGACAACAGACGUGAGUUCACAAGCAGAAUGUGCUGAUCCAGAAAAGGCCCGGGCCUCAGAUUUCCGAGCCGUCGCCGUCCUGCCCGACGGCACAGACAAGGACGCAAAACAGCAGACAACCACCAAGAAGCGAUGGCCGCUGUGGAUGAAGCUGGCCAUGGCCGGAUGCCUCUUUUCCAUUGUCGCCGGUCUGGCCAUCGGACUCGGCGUCGGCCUUACCCGACACAAGCACAGCAAUAUCAGUAGCCAGGAGAGCAGUGCCGAACCCCCCAGUGGCGGCAACGGCACCGAUCCCUCACAGAAACCCGGCCAGCUGGCCGUCUACUGGGGCGCCAUGGGCAGCAGCGCCGCGUCCCUCGACAACGUCUGCGGCGACGCCUCGUACGACACGGUCAACCUUGCCUUCCUCAGCCACUUCUUCGCCAACGGGCAGUACCCGCGGCUGGCCAUUGCGUCGCUCGGCCCCGCCUCGGAGGCGCAGCGGCUCGCCGGCGCCGUGGACCUGCAGGACGGCGCGCCGCUGGCGCCGGCCAUCCGCAAGUGCCAGGCGGCCGGAAAGCGCGUGCUGCUGAGCAUGGGCGGCGCGGCGGGCUACGCCGAGGUCCGGCUGGCGAGCGACGCGCAGGGCCGGCAGGUCGCGGACACCAUCUGGGAGCUGUUCCUCGGCGGCGGGGGUGGGAAGAAGGCUGAGAUCCGGCCGUUUGGGGACGUGGUCCUCGACGGCGUCGACUUUGACAACGAGUCGGGGGAUUCGACCGGGUACGAGGCCAUGGCGGCGCAGUUCCGGACGCACUUCGCGUCGGACCCCGGCCGGCGGUACUACAUGACGGCGGCGCCGCAGUGCCCGCCGACGACGGACGAGGCGGAGCUGCGGCUGCUGCGGCGGGUGGACGCCGUGUCGGUGCAGUUCUACAACAACAACGUGUGCAACGUGGGGGCGUCGGGGUUCGAGGCGUCGGUGCGGCGCUGGAGCGCGGCCAUCGCCGGCGGGGGCGGGAGCAACGCGACGCUGCUGGUGGGCGCGCUGGCGGGCGGCACGGACAAGGACGAGGGCUACGUGGAGGCCGGCGCGCUGGCGGAGGCGCUGGCAAAGGUCAGGGCGAUGAAGCUGGCGAACUACGGCGGGGUGAUGCUGUGGGAGGCGGAGCUGGCGGCGGCGAACGGGGGUUUCCAGAAGAAGAUUCGGUCUGCGGUCUGA